AUGUUUUUCCAUUCACAGAAGACCGAGUUGGAAGAGAAGCACGCCAGCUACACCGUGCGCAAGCUUUUUGGCACUCAAAUGUAGGUUUUUGGAGCUUUGUCUAUAUCUAUUUUAUAAUGUAAAAGCUGUAUUUGAUUCUCAAGUAUCUUUUUCAUAAAGUUAUCAAGCUUUUUCCUCCAUCCUUUUAUUAAAAAUUUUCAAAAACGGUAUUGUUAUAGGUUGGCAAAACUCCGAUCUCGUUUAUCCGAUCUCCCGACGAAAAGAUCUCGACUUAGUAUAUCUCCAAAGACUUCUAUUACAAAGCCCCAACCUUUGGGCAUUCAAAACCUUCCCAGUGAGAUGUUAGAGAACGUUCUCUGUCAUCUAGACAAGAAAUCCAUCUUGAACGCUCGUCAAACUUGUUGUAGAUGGGCCGGAUUGGUGGAAAAGCGUCAAAUCCGAUCUCAAUUGCCGGUUGUUAAUGUAAGUAACAUUUCAUAUUACUUUUUCUUGGUUUUAGAAAGCUUUUAUGAACUAGAUCUCUCAGGAAUAACUUUAUAUUAACAUCUAAACAUCAAGGUAUAACAAGUUCUUGGUGUUUAAUCAAAAAUCGAUUAAGAACAAGUAAAAUGAACUGAUCUUUGAAUCGAAAAGCGUUGAUAACGAUGUUACGGAGCUUAACUAUCUUUUGUUAUCAAAAGAAAACAAAGUUAAAGUCGGGUUUACAGUAAAACGUUAACUUCUCUUACCUGAUGUCUAGUGUAAUAUAAAUAUGGUUAAAGAUGGUUUUUAAUUGAUGGGUUUGAUAGUGGCGGGUUAUGGCGAACAUGUUUGUGGUUUUGACUAACUUUUGUUGUUGGUUUGAGAUAAGAAAUCGUAAAAAUUGGUUGUGAAACACAGACAUUAACAUUGACCGUCGAGGGGUUUGGAUGGUCAAUAUAAAAUUGAUUACAACCUGGGAAUAAUAGCUGUUUUAGAUCGUUAUUAUAGGUUCAGUAGAUGGAUUAGACUUUGUUUUAAUUUAAAAAGGAAAAAUUUAGGUAGUUUUAUAUUGUUCUAGAUAUAAAUUUACACAGUUUAGGUAUCAGGUCUCCAAUACUAAUUUUUCCAAAUUUUAGGUAUCUCGGUUAACCAUCACUUAUGUAAAGGAUUCUGCACAAUACAAGCUGGCCUGGUGCCAAUAUGCCGGUGGAAACGAUGAACCCGCUAUCCGAGAGUUGUACAUAAACAAAGAUGAUAUUAACCAAGACACUUCCUUUGAAUUUGCCUUUGAUCAACUCAACUUCCAACGUCUUAUCAUGGAGAACUUCCCCAAAGGCGCUCUCACAGACAGAUUUGUUCGUUUCUUAUGCACACAAUUCGAAAAAUGCAGAAAGUUCGAACCAAUACAGCUGACAUUGAAGAACGUUGAUCUAGGAAAGUUGUCAUCUGAUGUUAUGAAGCGUCUAUUGACCACAUGUUCGGCCAAAUUGGAAGUUUUGGAGUUCUACGGUAUUGACAAUGUUGCUCCAGACCUAAUCACAGACGAACACGUAUUGUUGUUGGGCAGUAGUAAGGUCAGAAGGUUGAGUAUUCAGUUCAAGGAUGGUGAAGAUAAUGCGGAACACGAUGAAAUCCAGCUGACUGAUACCAGUUUGGAAACUUUUGUCGAACGUGGCAUCUUCCCGGCUUUUACCAUCAGUCGGUGCAUGGUUACGGUGCCAGCGGUCUGCUCUUAUGUUAAUGUAAGUUUGGUUUUUGUUUUUUGAGUAGAAGGUUGAGAUGGGAGGGUUAAAACGAUCAUAAAUGAGCUUAAAAUCUAAUUUAUAAUCGUAAAACUGCAUUUUUUGUCGAUUUUGAAAAAGUUCAAAAAAUGUGUCAUCAUGACAUUUUUUCAAAAAAUGUGUCAUUAUGACAAUUUUAGUUUAAAAAAUGAUUCUGCUGAUCAUAUAUGAUAUUAAUUUCCAUUUUUUACAGGAAUGGCUUAAUAAAGCGGCCCAAACCGAGGACCUCAAGUCCCACUCAUUAACCCUAUCCGAGUGCCCAAACAUGUCCGAAGACGAAUUUGAAGCCGAAUGCCGUCGCCAAGGCCUCAACGUUCGUAAGCAUGUGACCGAAAACACCAACAAAUUCCCGAACGAAUCACAACACGAAGGCAGUCUGUGCACCUUCACCGUGACUUCACAAUACGACCAACAAACCUUCAAUAUUAACCUUUUCACCGUCAAAAGCGAGUAA